AUGAAUUCCGAAGAAAUUGUCACCAUCUGCCACGUUUUCGACGCAAUAUUUGGGAAUGUUCUGUUAUCUGAGCCGAGAAAAGUGGAAAAUCUCGAAAAUAUUUAUGAAAUUAUCGAUGGAAAUGGAAAAGAAGAAGAACAGGCGAUUAAUCGACUCAAAAUCCAGCUGAAAAUUGACGAAGAAAUUGAACCUGUUGAAUUUUUCGAGAAACUUUGUGAGGUGAGCAUUUUUUAACAAUUUGAAUUUUUCAAAAAUAAACAUUUUCCAGCUUCUCCCAAAAUUCACAACCGAGCGAUUUCGUUUCCAAAUCAUAACCAAUUUAUCUUGCAAAAAUUGCUGCGAUAAAAAUUGCAAGACAAUUUUUAACCACAAAACUUUUCACCUAAUGUUUAGCACCGAGCUAAAAACUGGGAAAAAGAUCGAGGAUUCGAUUAUGGAAGAUUUGGAGAAGAGGAAAAAGAAGAUAUGUUUUGAAAAUGUGGAAGCAUUGCAGAAGAUCAAACAAUCUUCGCAUUUUUUAAUUUAUAAUUCGGGAAAGGAGCUGAUUUCAUUGGAUCGUUCGAUGAUUUUUGAUUUUGGCGGGGAACAAAUGGUAUUGAGAAGUGAGUUUGUGAACAAAUUAUUGAAUUUUGAAUAGAAAUAGUUGACUUUUUCCUCAAUUUUUCAUUAAAAAUUCGAAUUUUCAACUCAGAAAUUCCUCAUCCCCUAAUUUUCAUUUUCUCAGAAUGCGUCUUCAUAGAAAACGACGAAAUUCGAAUUGCGGAAGAGGAACAACUCGCUGAAAUCAAAGAUAAAGAAAUCCUAUUUUUGGCAUUUUCAAGAGAACAUCUUUUGCAAUUUUUGCUUGAUGAAUACAUGUCCAGAAUGGACUGA